CCUACUCGGACGGGGGUGGGGGGUGGGGGUGGGGACAGGUGUCCCCCUGAAAUAGAGCGCAAGCUGCAGCCUGAGUUUGGCCGUAACCCAGGAAGUAACGUCAGAGACAGGUAAGAAUGACCACUUUAACUCACCGGGCCCGUCGUACAGAAGUAGGGAAGAACUCUGAAAAGAAGGUGGAAAGUGAGGAAGACGCUAAUCAAGACAGAAGUCAAGACAAUGAGGACACUGAAGACUCUAAGGAUAUCCGCCUCACGCUUAUGGAAGAAGUAUUGCUCCUGGGACUAAAAGAUAAAGAGGGUUACACAUCUUUCUGGAAUGACUGCAUAUCAUCUGGCCUGCGAGGGGGCAUCCUGAUAGAGCUGGCCAUGCGAGGUCGAAUCUAUCUAGAACCCCCCACCAUGCGUAAGAAGCGACUACUAGACAGAAAGGUACUACUAAAGUCAGACAGCCCAACGGGUGAUGUUUUACUGGAUGAAACUCUAAAACACAUCAAAGCAACUGAACCCACAGAAACUGUCCAAACAUGGAUAGAGCUACUCACUGGUGAGACCUGGAACCCUUUCAAAUUACAGUACCAGCUGAGAAAUGUAAGAGAGAGAAUUGCAAAGAACCUAGUAGAGAAGGGUAUUCUAACCACUGAGAAGCAGAAUUUCCUCCUAUUUGACAUGACUACUCACCCAGUGACCAAUACAACAGAGAAACAGCGACUAGUGAAAAAGCUUCAAGACAGUGUCCUAGAGCGGUGGGUAAAUGACCCUCAGCGUAUGGACAAGCGAACACUAGCACUACUGGUGCUAGCCCACUCCUCUGACGUGCUAGAGAAUGUCUUCUCCUCUCUGACAGAUGACAAGUAUGAUGUGGCAAUGAAUCGGGCCAAGGACCUAGUGGAACUGGACCCUGAGGUAGAGGGGACAAAGCACAGUGCCACAGAGAUGAUCUGGGCUGUGCUGGCAGCCUUCAAUAAAUCCUAAAGCCAGCAGGUGGGUUUCUCCUUUUCCCUUGCUGGCCAGUGACUGUCAGAGACACCAUCACCAAGCUUUGUGUGAUGAGAUGUUUUCCAUCAUGUUUUUUCCUUCUCUUGAAUCAAACUCGUUAUUUGGGGAGAGCAACUUCAAGGCUCCUGUAUAGACCUUGACCAUUAUAAGCAGACUUUAUUUUUCCCUGUACUUCCACUCCAGAGGUGAAUAAACUGGGUGAACCAACACACACCCAAUAAAUAAA